GGGCUCUUAGGCAAUGCGGGCAACGCUUGGGCCCAGAGCAUUCGGCUGGAUGUCAAUGGCGUGGGCAAUACACAAAUUCCGAUUGCCAUACCCAGUUUUAUCAAUGAAGAAGGCACUGGCGUAGCCGUGAGCCAAAUCAUCAUGGCCGAUUUAGAGCGUAGCGGCCAACUGCGCCGUGUGGAUGCCAGCGGCAUAAACAUGAACGAAAACAGCAAACCCGACUUUACCCUCUGGCGUCAAAAAAUAGCCGAUGCCCUGGCCGCAGGCAGCGUAGCGCCCAGCACCAGUGGCGGCUGGGACGUGCAUUUUAGCCUCUGGGAUGUGGUGCGUGGCAACACCUUGCUACAACAAACCGUGAGUGUGGCCCAAGGCGAUUUACGCUUAGCAGCGCACCGCGUGGCAGAUUUGAUUUAUGAAAAACUCACCGGCCAAAAGGGCAUAUUCACCAGCCGCUUGGCCUAUAUCACCAAAUCCAAAGGCAGCUACCAGCUGUGGAUCACCGAUUCAGAUGGCGAUGGCGCACAAGUGGCCCUGACCAGCCGCGAACCCAUUAUCUCCCCAACCUGGUCACCGCGUGGGGAUGAACUGGCCUACGUCUCUUUUGAGACCGGCAAACCCGUGGUCUACAUUCAUGAAGUUGCAAACGGCAAGCGCCGUGUGAUAGCUAACUUCAAAGGCUCCAACAGCGCACCGGCCUGGGCACCGGAUGGGCAAUCGCUCGUCGUCUCCCUCAGCCGCGCAGGCGGCACGCAACUGUUUCGCGUUUCUCGCACGGGGGGGGCAGCCCAACAACUCACGCACUCCACUUCCAUCAACACCGAAGCCAGCUACAGCCCCGAUGGCGCUUUUAUCUACUUUGUCAGCGACAGAGGCGGCGGCCCCCAAAUCUACCGUAUGAGCGCCGCGGGCGGCGCGGCCGAGCGCAUCACCUUCUCAGGCAGUUACAAUAUCUCUCCAUCCAUCAGCCCGGAUGGCCGCCAUAUGGCCUAUAUUUCACGCGAAGGGGGUGGCUUCAAGCUACGCGUCAUGGACCUAUCCAGUGGCGAGAGCCGCGCCAUCACACAAACCCUGGAAGAUGAGCGCCCCAGUUUUGCAGGAAACAGCCGUUUAAUCGUCUACGCCACCAGGCAAGCAGGCGCAGAGCUGUUGAUGAACACCACAUUAGACGGUUCAGUUAAAACCCGCUUAAUGACCAGGCGCGGUGACAUUCGCGAACCCAGUUGGGGACAUUUAAACAACAAAAAAUCAACUGCUGCCGCUGAUGGCAGCGCCACCGGACAAGAUGCUGACAGUAGCAGCACCUCGCGUGGUGUAGCCCCGGUAGAGGCCAGAAGCAGUAGCGUCAAACAACCCAGCUCAAACGAAGAGCGCCUGGUCUACUUUGAUUACGACAGCUAUAUCAUUAAACCGGAGUACACAGCAGUUGUCGCGCAAAAUGCGGCCUACCUCAAAGCCGACAAAACACGUAAAGCCACCUUAGAGGGCCAUGCCGAUGCCCGUGGUGGGCGCGAAUACAACUUAGCCCUGGGACAAAAACGCGCCGAUGCCGUGCGCCAAGCACUGAGUCUUCUUGGUGUGGGAGACGAGCAACUGGAAGCCGUCAGCUUUGGCAAAGAAAAACCUGUCGCUUUGGGCAUGGAUGAAGAAAGCCAUGCCCAGAACCGACGCGUAGAGAUUGUCUACAAA